CCGACUGGGCAUGCGCAGAGCGCUUCUCUUCUGCCUCGUCUCGCGAGGCUUUGGCUAGUCUCGCGAGAGGUGCGAGCCUUCUGUCAUGGCGGCGGAGGAGCCAGAGGUGGAUGUGGAGGGGGAUUCUGCGGCCGCGCCCGGGGAAGCGGCCUCAGGAGCUCAUGAAAACUCAGCAUCAAGCUUACUGCAGGAUCACUACCUUGAUUCAUCUUGGAGAACUGAUAACAGUCUUCCGUGGACGUUGGACAGCAGCAUUAGCGAAGAAAACAGGGCUGUCAUUGAGAAAAUGUUGCUGGAGGAGGAAUAUUAUCUAUCAAAUAAAUCACUCUCUGAGAAGAUAUGGCUCAGUCAAAAGGAAGCAGAAAAAAGAUCUGUGAAAAGUCCUCAUAAGAAAACUGGAAAAGUCAUGGUGCGAUCUCCUACAAAACCAGCUAGCUACUCGCUGAAGUGGACAUCGGAAGAAAAAGAGCUGUUUGAACAAGGACUGGUGAAAUUUGGCCGCCGCUGGACAAAAAUUGCCAAGCUGGUUGGGAGUCGUACUGUUCUACAAGUAAAGAGCUAUGCUAGGCAGUACUUUAAGAACAAGGCAAAAAAUGAUGAUUCUGAAAGAGAAGAGCAAAGUCAGUGUGGUAGCAGUGUUCCCACUGAAGAUGGGAUAAGGGUAGAAGCAGGGUCAGCUGGACACUUGAGAGGCCGUGCAGACCCUAACCUGAAUGCAGUAAAAAUUGAAAAGCUGUCAGAUGAUGAAGAAGUAGACAUAACUGAUGACGUGGAUGAACUGUUUUCUCCUACCUUCCAGCAAGAUGUUGGAAAAUCUGAAUUACCUGUAAUUUCAGAAAGUCCAGCUGAAGAAACAAAAGGAGCAGAGCAUGCUUUUCCAAAUGUUGGACACAGUUCUGCUGUUUCUUUACUGAAAGAGGAUCCUCAGAAUACCAAGCAACCCACAGUGGACACGUUACUGUUUCAGCAUGUUGCAGCAACGUGUUCUCAGCACGUGAAUGGUGAUAAAUCUGUGAACUCGGAUUACCAGCAAUGCAAUAAUUUCGUAGAGACAGCUGAACAGGGUAGAACAGGAACGUCUCAUGGUGCUAGACAAAUAACUGACCAAGAGCUUACUGAGGAACAGAGAGACCUGGCUGAUAACGGACUGCUGCUUCAUUCCCCCUGCCAAGUGGAUGAAGAUCAUCAAGAAGAAGCAGAGGCUCUUAAACCACCUGAUCAAGAAGUGGAGGUUGAUAGAAGCAUCAUCCUGGAAGAAGAAAAGCAAGCUAUUCCUGAAUUCUUUGAAGGGCGCCAGGCCAAAACACCGGAGCGUUACUUGAAAAUUAGGAAUUAUAUUUUGGAUCAGUGGGAGAGGUGUAAACCCAAAUACCUGAAUAAGACCUCGGUACGUCCGGGCCUGAAGAACUGUGGUGAUGUUAACUGUAUUGGACGUAUCCACACGUACUUGGAACUAAUAGGAGCAAUCAACUUUGGCUGUGAGCAGGCUGUCUAUAACAGACCACAACCAGCUGAUAAAACACGGUCCAAGGAAGGCAAGGACACAGUGGAAGCGUACCAGCUUGCUCAGCGUUUGCAGUCCAUGCGUACAAGAAGGCGGCGAGUACGAGACCCUUGGGGAAACUGGUGUGAUGCUAAGGAUUUGGAAGGACAGACGUUUGAGCAUCUGUCUGCUGAAGAAUUAGCAAGAAGGAGAGAAGAAGAAAAACUUAAGCCUGCAAAAGCUUCUAAAGGUUCAAGACCAAUAAAAAGUUCCUUUGAUCCCUUUCAGCUGAUACCAUGCUGUUUAUUCACUGAAGAAAAACAGGAACCUUUUCAGGUGAAAGUGUCUUCAGAAGCACUUUUAAUAAUGGAUUUGCACUCACAUGUGUCUAUGGCAGAAGUAAUAGGGUUGCUAGGUGGAAGAUACUCUGAAGCUGAUAAAGUUGUAGAAGUUUGUGCAGCAGAGCCGUGCAAUAGCCUCAGUACAGGACUGCAGUGCGAGAUGGAUCCUGUGUCUCAAACACAGGCCUCAGAAACACUUGCUGCCAGAGGAUACAGUGUUAUUGGGUGGUACCAUUCCCACCCAGCAUUUGACCCCAACCCGUCAAUACGGGAUAUUGACACUCAAGCUAAAUAUCAGAGUUAUUUCUCCCGGGGUGGUGCCAUGUUCAUUGGAAUGAUUAUAAGUCCUUACAACCGAAAUAAUCCUCUCCCGUAUUCUCAGAUUACUUGUCUAGUCAUCAGUGAUGAGAUCAGUUCUGAUGGCUCCUACCGCCUGCCCUACAAAUUCGAAAUACAGCAGAUGUUGGAGGAACCUCAGUGGGAAUUAAUAUUUGAAAAGACAAGGUGGAUAAUUGAAAAAUACAGAUUCUGUCACAGCAGUGUCCCCAUGGAUAAAAUUUUUCAUAGAGAUUCCGACCUGACUUGUUUGCAGAAACUGUUGGAGUGCAUGAGGAAGACUUUGGGCAAGGUAACAAACUGCUUCAUUGCCGAAGAGUUCUUGACUCAAAUAGAAAACUUAUUCCUCUCCAUGUAUAAGAGUGGAAAGAAGAGCAAUGCUGAAGAAAACAAGAAUGAAUGUUCAAGUGAAUUGUCGAUGUGAUGGCUUAAACAAAACAAGUCUGGAUUAUUAUUUUUUUUAAUGCUUAUUUUGCCUUCCAUUUACUUUUCCUCCUGGCCCCCAUUAUGUCAACACUUCCAAAAUUGUUACCCAUUUUAAUAGUAACCGUUCAAGUAUCCGGUGUCUUUGUAUUGUUAUGGUUCAAAGAUACUUUGAAAAACUCCUAAUGAGCGUGAUCUGACUACACCAGGAACAUUUACUAUUAACCUUUAGAGAAGCCAGGUAUCGCAGGGUUAGUGAAUUAUACCCCAGUCUGCCAUAUGGGAAGAAGGACCAGCUGUCAAAGAGAGCUGUGCUUCAGUCUUCAAGGAGAGUUCUCCCUCUCUCGGAUCAUUAAGGUUGGGAAUUUUGCUUUUUUUUUUUUAUUUUUUAAAUGGGCAGGUAUACAUCUGACACUCAAUUAAUUUGUUAAUGCUUUAGAGAGUCUAAGGUCAAAUGAAUUCACAGAAGAGGAACUUAACACUUUACUGAAUGAACAGUGUGCAGCUCUGUGGAGCUUUUUGGCAUGUCUUUGCCAUCUUGCUUUUACGUACACAUGAGGAAGGCUGGCAAGUUUUUGUCUUCUUAUUACUAGUUGUGCUUGUUUCCAGUGGAAAUGUUAACUCCUGUUUAUGACAGGUUACAGUCUUUCUGAUCUUCCGUUCUACAGGAAGAGAAUAUAUUUCUCUGUCAGAUCAUUGUGAUUUGCCCACUUCUAUUUGCCAGUGUUUCCUGUGGAAACGAGCACCUCAUUGAUGACAAGCAUAGAGCAACAGACAGACAAGUAUGUCUUUUUUUUGUGGGGGAAGGCACACAAAGUAAACGUGCUUUAAAUUUUGCCCUCUAAAUCACGAGGAAACUUGACUUAUUACUAUGUAUGCAGAUUUAUCUUGGGCAGAGUUUCUUAAAUCUGUUUAAAAUAUAUUUGAAAACGUGAAGCAAGUCAGAACUUGAGUUUAUACUCACAGGGAUAACAGUAGACUUGAUUCUUAUCUGAAAAAUACAUUGUGUAUGUGUAUCUACUUCUACAUCUAUAAAUGGAAUUUUAAGAUUUUGUAUGUUUAAAUCUUCAGCUUUUCAUUUUUAAAAAAAGAGAUAAAGCAGAGUUUGAAAAGCUUUAAAAAUGUAGAGUUGUGUCCUAAUGAGGGAGCUCCUUUGCAGAGUUCAGAAUUACUUUUUUUUUUAUCGUGUCUUACAAUGUUAGUCUCUGUUUCUGAGUGGAAGGUGCAGAACGUGACUGUGAAAUCAUGAGCGGUUGACACUUGAUGGUUCUCUCGGUGCACAUUCAAGGAUUAUGGUCUUGAAAAUAUUGGUGACUGUUCUUUCCCUUCUCUGUCAUAUGUGCUUGUGCACAGGUUUAGAUCAUGCUGCUGUGUAUCAUUUACAAACUUGGUGCGUCCAUCUACUUAAGGCAUGCUGACUCUGCGUAUAUUCUAAAUCAUCAUCUUUGGGAAUUCCUAAUUAAAAAUACUGCAUGGCUUUCUGCAUUUCUAAUCUAGACAACGGUCUUGGUAACAGAGCAUUCUGUCCCGAGUUAGUUCUGGGAUGUUCUGCAGUGUGAGGAAUGCUGCUGCGGUUUUGCGUAGGAUACUCUAGAAGAAUCAUUCACUAUGUAUUGUAUGUACUAAAUCUUGUAAUUCUCCUUCUAUAAACUAGAACUAAAUUUCAGCCUCAUAUGUUACAGCAGUAUGAAGUAGAUACCGUUCUUUGUCCAUAUACAUAGAUGUCAGUGUUACCAAAGUAGUGGUAAGAAUGUGCUGGCUGCUCUUCUGCGUAAUAAUUAAAGCGAGUUAACGUAAUACAGUUGUAUUAAUUGGAUUUAAGUCACAUUACGUGAGAGAAGUUUUGAGUAAAAUAUACUAUUGAAGCAGUUCAGAUCUCCGGAGAAUACUGUGCAGAACUGAGCUUUUGAUAUGCACACUCACAAAGGCACCAGGUUUCCCAAGGGUGAUUCUCGCACCUCAGGUUAUCCACUGGCAACACUUCACAGCGUAGGAAGGGUGGAGGGGGACCCAGUAAACUGCUAGUACCACCAUAAUCCUGUACUACCGCACCGUACGGUAUGGGAGUUGGAAAUACUGUAUUUGUCAUGCCAAGUAAUAAUUCUGUGGGCAGGAGUCAUGGUAAGAAAUACUCUGCUUUUUGUCAUUUGUUUCUGACUUUGUGUCUAAUGAGUUUGGAAGUUGUGUGCUCCUGAGAAGAUGUACGUUACUAAUACUGCCACUUCUGCUACCAAACACAUUAAAUGCAUUUAUCGGGAAGCUCAGUGGUUUUUAACCAGCUAUUCUUAUGUUAACUUUGUCUUAGGACAAAUAUUGCAGGCUAAUGUAUUUUUUGUUUAUAUAAGACCACCUGUUAUGUCUUGCCAUGCAUCCCCUCAAGAGAGGGAAGAUGUUUGAGCAGCAAUUGGAGCAACGGAAUUUAAACUGGAAGAGUCACCACUGCAUCCUAAGAUAUAGCUUUUGUCAACGUUGUUUGUGGCCAUUUCUUGUCUGAGUCCAGUUUUGCUACCCCAGUUACCAGCAGUGCUUUUUCACAGCUAUUUCUAUCUUGUGUUCAUGGGGAGGAUGGGGGGCUUGUCCGUAUUUUUUGAAUAUUUUUUUCCCCUUUUGCUCAUUUCUUUGAUAUUCCUGACUGAUGGUAUCCAAGAGUCUAUUAAUAAAGACUGAAUAUUCUGUA